AUGGAACCCAUAAUCUUGCUACUCCUGAUCUUGUUUCCAACCAUCGUACUUGUACGAUGUGCCUUCACCUACGGCCAUCGGACUAGUCCCCCUACUCUACCCUUCAUUGGAAAUAUUCACCAGAUCACCAAGAAGUACACCCAUAUCAAGUUCACUGAAUGGGCCGCUCAGUAUGGCGGGUUGUACAUGCUCAAGAUCGGAAAUGGCAACAUGGCUGUCAUCAGCGAUCGUCGACUUGUGAAAGAAGUUCUCGAUCGCAAGAGUGGCAUCUACAGCCAUCGACCUCAUUCCUAUGUAUCGCAUGAUCUCAUCACCAAGGGCAAUCACCUACUCGUAAUGCAUUACGGUGACCAGUGGCGCACCUUCCGGAGACUGGUUCACCAGCACCUGAUGGAGUCCAUGGUGGAAAGCCAGCACACUAAGAUAGUCAACGCCGAAGCCAUACAGCUAGUGCGAGACUAUAUGGUCGAUCCGGAGCACCAUAUGGCCCAUCCCAAGCGGUACAGUAACAGUAUCACGAACUCUAUUGUAUUUGGAAUCCGCACGGCCAACCGAGAGGGAUCCAACAUGCGGCGACUUUACAAACUCAUGGAAGAAUGGUCAGAGGUGAUGGAAACUGGCGCAACACCCCCAGUAGACCUGUUCCCUUGGAUGAAACUGCUACCACAGUGGCUAUUUAACAACUACGUCACUCGGGCCAAGGCCAUUGGCGUACAGAUGGAGACUCUCUACGUCGACAUUCUGAAAAAGGUCAUCAAGCGGCGGGAAGAUGGUCAAAACAAAGGCACCUUCAUGGACAAGGUGUUAGAUGGCCAGGAGAAGCAUAAUCUACCCUGGCACCAACUGGCCUUCAUCGGUGGUGUUCUGAUGGAAGGCGGCUCAGACACUAGCUCCAGUCUCACCCUGGCGAUCGUGCAAGCGUUGAUCCAAAACCCCGAUGUCCAGCGAAAGGCACAUGCUGAGAUUGAUGCCGUGGUAGGCCACAAUCGGUCGCCUGUUUGGUCGGACUUCGAACAACUUCCUUACAUCAACAUGAUUGUCAAGGAAGGUCACCGGUGGAGGCCGAUACUUCCACUCUGCUUUCCACAUGCACUUGGAGAAGACGACUGGGUCGACGGUAAAUUCCUCCCCAAAGGCACAAUAGUCAUGGUCAACACUUGGGGAAUGCACAUGGAUCCGUCCCAACCUGAUGAUCCAGCUGCUUUCAUUCCUGAGCGCUUUGCGCAGCAUCCUCAGCUGGCUCCUGACUAUGUCCCCGGGACAUGGGAGCGUCGUGACCACUACGGCUACGGGGUUGGGCGCCGGAUCUGUCCUGGCAUCCAUCUGGCUGAGCGCAAUAUGUUCUUGGCAAUUGCCAAGCUGCUGUGGGCAUUUGAGUUCCAGCCAGCAGAGGGCCCCAUGGAUAGUGAUCCGGUGAAUGGAUACCAUAACGGCUUCCUUUACUGUGCCAAGGACUACCCUUGUCGGCCGGUAGUACGUAAUGAGAUAAUCCGAGCUACAAUUGAGAAGGAAUACGCCACUGCGACUGCGGAUGUGUUUUCCCGGUUUACUGAGGGAUAG